AUGCUGCUCAGAGCAGCCCGAUCUCCGUGCUGGCGCACGGCGCGGUACAUACAUCCGAGCUUCGCCGGCCGCGCACGGUGGACAAGCCCGAAUGGCAUUCAACAGCAUAAGAUCCAGCUACGAGUAUUCACCUCUGGCAGCCCAUGGCGAAACCAGUCCACGGAUGGCAAAGACCCAACCUCUGCGAGAAACAAAUCUACACCAACCGCUACCGCCGCCGAAGUAGCCAAUGCCGCUAUUGCUCAGAAAACGGGCGCCAGCGAGGCGAAGAAUACCCCGAAGAAAGACUUGCUAAGUGAGUCGGCUAUUGCAAGCAAAGAACAGCGCAGUGCAGACUGGGCGAUUAUGCGAGAGAUGGCCAAAUACUUGUGGCCCAAGAUCCUCAAUGUAGAAGUUCCUUUCUACUUUAAGAACAUUGUCGACUCUAUGAACGUUGACUUUGCAACUCUUGGUGGAACGGCAUACACCGUGGCAGGCUCCAUGAUCAUAGCUUAUGGCGCAACCCGCAUCGGAGCAACUCUCUUCCAAGAACUGCGUAAUGCAGUAUUCGCCAGUGUCGCGCAAAAGGCCAUUCGCAAAGUAGCCCGGAAUGUGUUUGACCACCUACUCCGACUGGAUCUCAAUUUCCAUCUCUCUCGCCAAACAGGUGGCCUCACUCGGGCCAUUGAUCGUGGAACCAAAGGUAUCAGCUUCUUGCUGACCUCCAUGGUCUUCCAUGUGGUGCCAACUGCACUCGAGAUCUCGCUCGUGUGUGGUAUUCUUACCUACCAAUAUGGUCUCCAAUUCGCUGCCAUCACAGCUACUACCAUGGUAGCAUACACGGCAUUCACCAUUACCACCACCGCCUGGCGCACCAAGUUCCGUCGACAGGCUAAUGCUGCUGACAACCGCGGCGCUACCGUCGCUGUAGACUCGCUGAUCAACUACGAGGCCGUCAAGUACUUCAACAACGAGAAGUUUGAAGUGGCCCGCUACGACAAGGCGUUGAAGAACUACGAAGACGCGUCUAUCAAGGUUACCACCUCCUUGGCCCUGCUGAACUCUGGUCAGAACAUGAUCUUCUCCACUGCGCUGGCCGCAAUGAUGUAUCUGGCAGCCGACGGCGUGGCCACCGGUACCCUAACAGUCGGCGACCUGGUCAUGGUCAACCAACUGGUCUUCCAGCUCUCCGUACCGCUCAACUUCCUGGGUUCGGUCUACCGUGAACUGCGCCAGUCUCUGCUGGAUAUGGAGACCCUGUUCAACCUGCAAAAGGUGAAUGUCACCAUCCAGGAGAAGCCCAACGCGAAGCCACUCGAGUUGAAGCGCGGCGGCGAGAUUCGUUUCGAGAACGUCACCUUCGGCUACCACCCGGACCGUCCAAUUCUGAAGAAUGCGACAUUCACGAUCCCCGCUGGCUCCAAGUUUGCCAUCGUGGGCCCCAGUGGUUGUGGCAAGUCGACUAUCCUGCGUCUUCUCUUCCGCUUCUACGACACCCAGUCCGGUCGCAUCUUGAUCGAUGGUCAGGACGUGCGCGAUGUGAGUCUCGACAGCCUCCGGCAGGCUAUCGGUGUGGUGCCCCAGGACACGCCACUCUUCAACGACACGAUCGCUCACAACAUCCGCUACGGUCGCAUCGAUGCCUCGGACGAGGAGGUGCGCCAGGCCGCAGAGCGCGCCCGCAUCAGCCAGCUGAUCGAGCGAUUGCCCGAAGGCUACGAGACGGCCGUCGGCGAGCGCGGCAUGAUGAUCUCUGGCGGCGAGAAGCAGCGAUUGGCGAUUUCCCGACUGUUGCUGAAGGACCCGCAACUCUUAUUCUUUGAUGAAGCGACCUCGGCGCUGGAUACCUACACCGAACAGGCGCUGCUGCACAACAUCAACAGCAUUCUCAAAGAAAAGAGCCGCACGAGUGUGUUCGUUGCGCACCGACUCCGAACGAUCUACGAUAGCGACCAGAUCCUGGUGCUCAAGGAUGGAGAAGUGGUGGAGAUGGGGUCACACCGGGAGUUACUCGAUCUGGAGGGAGUUUAUGCGGAGCUAUGGAACGCCCAGGAACUGUCGCUCGCCAAGGAGGGCGAGACGCCGGAGAAGAAGCUCGAAUAG